AUGCAACAGACAGGUGGAACUAACAAUGAUAUUCAAACAACACCAAUUUUAAGUCAAGAAAUUGAAAUCAAGAAUAGUACUUGGUCAUCUGUAUCAGUGCAAGAAGCACGUGGAGUUAACAGUGAUACUCAAUUGACACCGCUUGUAGCUCAAGGAACUGAUAUCAGCAAUAGUUCAUCGUCAUUGAUAUCAACUCAACAGACAGGUGAAACUAAUCAUGAAAUCCAAGCAAUCCCAUCAGUAACUCAAGAAAUUAAUAUCACAAAUAGUGCAUCGCCACCUGCAUCAGUUCAACUGACAGAUGGAACUAACAAUGAUGUUCAACCAACACCGUUAGUAGUUCAAGGAACUGAUAUCAACCAUAGUACAGUGUCAUCAACAUCGGCACAACAAAUAGGCGAAAAUAACAAUGAUACUCAACCAACACCACUUGUAGCUCAAGGAUCUCUUACUAACAAUAGUCCGUCAUCAACAAUAUCAGCUCAACAAACUAGUGAAACAAAUAAUAAUAUUCAACCAACACCACUUACAGGUCAAGCAACUGAUACCAAUAAUAGUCUAGUGUCUUCAACAUUGAUGCCACAGAUAGGCGAUACUAAUAGUGAUAUCCAAUCAACAUCACAAUUAACUCAAGCAGUUGAUAACAAUAACAGUCCAUCAUCAACAAUAUCAACUCAACAAACAGAUGGAGCAAGUAAUUAUAUUCAACCAACACCGCUUCUAGUUCAAGGAACUGAUACCAACAAUAGUCUAUCGUCAUCAACAUUAAUGCAACAGAUAGAUAUAGUUAACAAUGAUAUAUCAUCAAACCCAUUAGUAGGUCAAGUAAUGGGUACCAACAAUAGUACAUGGUCAUCAACAUCAGCGCAACAGACAGAUGGAACAAAUAAUGAUAUUCAACCGACAAUACUUGUAUGCCAAGUAAUGGAUGCCAACAAUAGUCCUUUGUCAUCUGCAUCGAUGCCACAGACAGACGGAACUAGCAGGGAUACUCAACCAACACCACUAGUAGGUCAAAUAGCUAAUACCAACAAUAGUUCAUUGUCAUCAACAUUGCUGAAACAGACAGGUGAAACGAACGACGAUAUCCAAUCAACAUCACUUGUAGGUGAGGCAAUCAAUACUAAAAAUAGUUUUUGGUCAUCUAUAUCGAUGCAACAAACAGACGGAACUAACAACAGCAUCCAACCAACUCCAUCAUUAGUUCAAAGAACGAAUACUACGAAUAGUGUUUGGUCAUCUGCAUCAGUCCAACAGACAGACAGAACUAACGAACCUACCCAAUUAACUCCAUCAGAACGUCCAGGAAAUGGAAGCAGCAUUGUUGCACAAGUGACAGAUGCAGUAUUCUAA